AUGGUCGCGGGCGCGAAUGACUUGGACGGCAGUUUCUACGAACGCGAACGUGAGCGUUUGAUGGCAGACAUUACGAGUAGCUUAGAAGUGAUCAUUGCGAAUAGCAAUGCCGUGAAUCGCAAAUUGGAAGAGCAGAUCUCGGUGGGGAAAGGCUUUGACUCGAUUUCCGCGCUAUGGGGCCAGUUUUCGGAGCUCAUGGUGCAAGCUGGUAUGCCACCGACUCAUGCAGCGGACAUGGAGACGGACACAGAUACAUCGGUCGUGGGGCAGAGGGAUGCCUAUGAACCCACAACGCAGGCCGACGAAAGGACGUGA